AUGGAAGCCGAAGCGCAGAAACUGAUGACUCAGGAAAAUGUUUAUCAGCAUAAUCAAAUACAGUUCAAGGCCAGUGAUCAAGACAUACAAGUUGCUGCUGCUUUCUCGAGCACAAGGGUCACUACUGGAGGAGGAAAUGAUCAUGGAGUCAGCAACCAAUUCAAGGUUUCCGCUGCUUCCUCGUGCAACAAAAUUACUAUAGAAGGAGAGAAUGAUGGAAUCAGCAACCAACAUGAGAAGGAAAAAAAUUUAUUACCUGCUCGUGAUCAUCCUGUAGUUUCUUUUAAUUCUUCUAAUUCUUUUCUGUAUACCCAAGAUGGACCAAUAGGCAUAACCAUAUCACCUAGUGAGGGAGUGCAAGAAAUAUAUUUGACGAAGAUGUUUUUUAGGCUACCAAACCAUGCAUUCUAUUGCCCAAAUUGUAAGGUUUGUAUCGAAAAGGUUUUAUUUUACAAAACAGAUGAAAAUCCUCCUGUUCCUGCUGAGCCUCCAGUUAUUGAUGGUCCAGUAAGAUGCUCAGCAUGCCUCAGUUUACUUAUUCAAAAAGGCAAAGAAUUUUUUACUGGUUUGGUAUCACAUGGUAGUUCAGAUCCAUCUGGUCCUACACCAGCACCUCGCGGGAGACCAGAAAGUACAAAAGAAUGGGAAGUACUUAAAAGCAUUGUUUAUGGUGGUCUGGCUGAAUUAUUAGCGAGCCUUAGUGUUGUGACAUCUGCAGCAAGUGCUGAUGCUACCACAUUGAACAUUGUUGCUCUGGGUAUCGCAAAUUUGAUCGGUGGACUUUUCGUCCUGGGUCAUAAUCUUAGGGACCUGAAAGCUUCGCAACCUAGAGAAGAGGGCAGUGAAAUAGAAGCAGAAGGGGAUAAAUAUUAUGAGUUACUGGGGAAGAGGGAGAAUUCAAUUCUGCAUGCCUUUGUAGCUAUCUUAUCGUUCCUUAUUUUUGGGUUAGUACCACCAGCAGUAUAUGCCUUCUCAUUUCGUGAGAGUGAUGACAAGGAUCUCAAGCUUGCAGCAGUUGCAGGAGCUUCUUUACUUUGUAUAGCAUUGCUUGGCAUUGCUAAAGCUUAUAUACAGAGACCAAAUAAUUAUGUUACAUACAUCAAAACAGUACUUUACUAUGUUACCUCUGGAGUAUUGGCCUCAUUGCUUACUUACGUAGCUGGCUCCCUGGUGAAGAAACUUGUUGAGCAACUUGGAUGGUUUGAGCCAAAAUCAGGCUUGUCUGUUCCGGAGAUAAGUGUAGAGAAACACGAAUGGGGUUCCUAUUAA